GAGAAAGAAGCCGCCCGAGAAGACAGCAGCAGCACUCCUCUGUGUCUCCUCCCUCGGGUGUUGCCGGAUAAGAGGAGUCCGCAUUCUCGGCUUUGUGAUCGUUUCGCCUUUAUUUCUCGUGAUGCUGGCGGUUUUCUGCGUACCGCCGGUGGACCCGUCUUUUGGCGGGCCGGCAAGGUGGAACGGUGGUUGGGAGCGCCGGCUUGCUCUUGGAUGAGCUUGGUGUUUGAUAGUGUUAAAAGACUGGUAGCUGAUGAAAGCUUCUCCUUUUUGUUUCGGCUCUCUUUUCUGCGUGUGUCAGCGUUAGAGAGAGAGAGAGAGAGAGAGAGAGAGAGAGAGAGAGAGAGAUUUGGGUGAUCGAAUUGGAGGAUUCCUCUGUCAUGACUAUCUCCAACUCCGGCUCCGGCGAGGCCAGCAUCUCCUCCUCUGACCGGCUCCGGGCCCCUGCGCCACCUUCUCCUCUCCCGCCUCCGUCGAUUGCGGUGGUCAAGAAGAAGAGGAACCUCCCAGGAACGCCAGAUCCGGAGGCGGAGGUGGUCGCGCUGUCGCCGAGGACCCUGCUGGCCACCAAUCGAUUCGUGUGCGAGAUCUGCAGCAAGGGAUUCCAGCGGGAUCAGAACCUGCAGCUACACCGGAGGGGGCACAACUUACCGUGGAAGCUGCGGCAGCGCACGGGGAAGGAGCCGCGGAAGCGGGUGUACGUGUGCCCGGAGGCGGGCUGCGUGCACCACGACCCGUCGCGGGCGCUCGGCGACCUCACCGGCAUCAAGAAACACUUCUGCCGCAAGCACGGCGAGAAAAAGUGGAAGUGCGACAAGUGCUCCAAGAAGUACGCCGUGCAGUCCGACUGGAAGGCCCAUUCCAAGAUCUGCGGCACCCGCGAGUACCGCUGCGACUGCGGCACCCUCUUCUCCCGGAGGGAUAGCUUCGUCACCCACAGAGCAAUCUGCGAUGCGCUGGCGGAGGAGAGCUCGAAGACAGCGUCGCCGCCGACAGACCCAAAGCCCUCUGCAGAGGACGACGGAGAAGCAGCUGCAGUUUCGGAAACGACAGCAGCGGCCGCAGUGGUCGCGCCACCAUUUUCGCUACAACAGGUGGAGCCGCUGGUUCGGCAAGAGCUGGAGAACCCAAUUGGAUCGCUACAGUACGUGCCACCUCCGUCAACGUCGAUCGCCAACACCAGCUGCGCCACCGCCAGUAGCAGCAGCAGGAGCAACACUAGCCUGUUUGCGAGCCUCUUCGCGUCAAGUAUCACCACCGCUGCCGCUCACACCACCACCUUCUUGUCGGACCGCAUGGGCGCCAUGGGCCAUGACGACCGGCCCCUAAUGGAACCUCCCUCGCUUGGUCUCGCCACGAACGGAGGGCCAGCAUGGUUGUUCUCGCCGCAGGCACAAGCUCAUGGACGACGUCCGUUCGCACCACCGGCGCCUUCCCCGCACAUGUCCGCGACCGCGCUGCUGCAGAAGGCAGCUCAUAUGGUCGCCACGCCGACCGGGUCAUCCUUCCUCAAAGGAUUCGGCCUCGAUGCUCCAACAGGGCAUCAGGAGAAGAUGAUCCAGGGUAGCAACCUGCAAUGGGGCCAGCAGCAGCACCACCACCAACCAGAAACGGAGCCAGGAGCACCAAUGCUAUCGGCAUGGCUGGGGCUCGGACUCGCUUAUGAGCCGGACCUGAUGACGGGGUCCUCGUCGUUGUUCAGGGCAAAGCCGGCGACGACGCUGGACUUGCUGGGUUUAGGAAUGGGGGCAGUCGGUGGUUCCGCCAAAGGCGGGCUAUCGGCAUUGACGACUUCGGCCGGCGGUGGAAUCGACAUGAGAUCUGCAGCGGCGACUGGAGAGUGGAAAGGAGCGGAGAGGAAGCCGGCUAGCCCCUCAGUUCUGUAGCGACAGGACGCCGGUGCCUUUUCAUUAUUCGCGCGAGUGGAGCUCUCAUCGGACGCAAGUUGACAGCGGCCGUCAAGCAAAGCAAGAAACAAAGCAGCACUUUUUCCCUUCACUUGUAUUUAUUCAUUAGGAAGAGAAUAGUAAAAUGCUGAGAGCGUACUUAAAUAGGUUUUAAUUUGUAAGAGUGUCUCAUAUAUAGUAGUCUAAAUGUAGUGAUAGAAAAUUAAUGUAAAUGAGUCAGCAAGAACCUGUCUCAUCCUCCCUCCUUUCCAUCAUCGAUGCAACACAAACUCACAUUAAUGUGGCAACCUAAUGUUCGUAUGGCCACGGAA